AUGGAGUGGGUCAACGAGACUGUGGUGAGAGAGUUUGUCUUCCUUGGCUUCUCCUCUCUGGCUGGGCUGCAGCGGCUGCUCUUUGCUGUCUUCCUGUUCCUCUAUCUGUUCACUCUGGGCACCAAUGCCAUCAUCAUUUCCACCAUCGUGCUGGACAGAGCCCUUCAUACUCCCAUGUACUUCUUCCUUGCCGUCUUGUCCUGCUCUGAGACCUGCUACACUUUCGUCAUUGUCCCCAAGAUGCUGGUCGACCUGCUGUCUCAGAAGAAGACCAUCUCCUUCCUGGGCUGUGCCAUCCAGAUGUUCACCUUCCUCUUCCUCGGCUGUUCUCACUCCUUCCUGCUGGCAGCCAUGGGCUAUGACCGCUACGUGGCCAUCUGUAACCCACUGCGCUACACGGUGCUCAUGGGACACAGAGCAUGUACAGGACUCGUGGCUGCUGCAUGCACUUGCGGUUUUACUGUCUCCCUGGUCACAACUUCCCUCGUAUUUCACUUGCCCUUCCACUCCUCCAACGAGCUCCAUCAUUUCUUCUGUGACAUCUCCCCUGUCCUAAAACUCGCUUCUCAUCACACCCGCCUCAGUCAGUUGGUCAUAUUUAUGCUUGGUGUGUUUGUCUUGGUUAUUCCACUGUUACUGAUUCUAAUCUCCUAUGUCCGCAUCAUCUCUGCCAUCCUAAAAAUCCCAUCCACUGUUGGAAGAUACAAAGCUUUCUCCACCUGUGCCUCCCAUCUCAUCGUGGUGACUGUCCACUAUGGCUGUGCCUCUUUCAUCUACUUAAGGCCCAAGUCCAACUACUCAUCAAGCCAGGACACCCUAAUAUCUGUGUCUUAUACCAUCCUUACCCCAUUGUUCAAUCCAAUGAUUUAUAGUCUAAGAAAUAAGGAAUUCAAAUCAGCCCUUCAAAGAGUAAUGGGCCAGACUUCAUAUCCUGUUCAUUAA